GUUGCGGAUUCUGCGGACGCGCGCGCGCGGUGGAAGGCCUUCCCUUCCCACCACCAACGAUCUGACUGGAUCGGCCGUGGCUCGCCGAUCGAUGGCAAUCGCGAUCGCGCUAUAUUGGCGUAGCGCGGAGGCAGCAUUGGCUCCCAACCCGGCCUCGUGCGAUGAUAACAUGGGAUCGGCGAGGCGGCUGCCGCUUCUCCUCGUCCCGCAUGGAGGAGGAGGAGGCGCGUCGGGAAUCUCCCGCUAUAAGUACCGAGGGCUCCCACCCCCGCCCCCGCGCGCGCGGCUCCCUCAACCAGACCAGACGAGACGCCCCAAGACCCCCGGACGCGACGCCCCUCCUCGAUCGAUCGCCAGGCAUUACUCUGCGUUUCAGACGACAAGAUCGCCGCCGCGGAGAUGGCGGGCUACGACGACAAUGAAACCAACCUAGUGGAGGACGAGUACGACGACCUUGAUGAUUUCAUCGUCGGAAGCGACGAUGAGGGCGACAAUGUGGCCAUGGAGGACGAGGAGGAGCUGCCGGAGGCUGAGGAGGUAGAAGUGGAAGAAGAGUAUGAGGAGGAAGAGGAAGAAGAGCCGCCUGCUGGCACGCAGGAAAUCCUUUCCUUCAGGGAGCAAUUGAAGGCCAAAUUAAGGAAACAACAUCAGUCUAAAGGCGCCGACUACGGGAACCCUAGCUGCUCGUCGUCCGAUCAACCGUCGGUCAGGUCCAGAUUUGGAACCUUCUUUGGGCCGUCCACGCCAGUACUUGCUCCCCGGCUUAUGGAGGCGGGGUGCUCAUCGAUAAUGCAGGAGAACCAGAACCUGCCGUCCAGAAAACAUGCCGCUCCGUCGUCGGCUUCGAAGACACAGCCAAAUGCGAGCGCCCAUGAGCAGAAACCCAAGAUCGUACCUCAGGUGAAACGUAAGGUUGACACGCUUCGUGAGAACAGGGACUACUCGAACUUGUUCUCGGACGAUGCCGAUACACCUCCCCCAACAGAGGAACGUGCAGAAAAUAAGCCUGUCAUGGCCCCAAAAUCUCACGUCGAAGCUCAUCGGAUGAAACCAAUGCAAUCUGCCGCGACAAACAAGAAGGUGCCCACAAACCAUCCUGCCAGACCAUCAAAAGACCAUGGAUCCAUCCAGAGCCGCGUGCAAAACAAGGUGGUCUCUCAGGUGAAGAAGGAGCCACUGCCAAACGGGAGGAAACCGAUUGCUGCUGCCAGGAACGGAUCCAGACCGCCCAACGGCACCACCAAAGCUCGUCUAGAGUUGCAGCCAUCCUCAAAUGGCCAAAACCCGCAGCGCUCGAUGCAGAGCAAGAGCCCGCAGACGUUGCCUUCUGCCCAGCGGCAGCAGCAGCGGCCACCGAAACCGCAGGGUCAGAGGCAGCAGAACUGCACCCCUCCUUCGCCGCAAGUUCGAAGGGUGAAUUCUAAUGUGCAGGGCCAGCAGCCUGCGCACAAGGGUUCUGCUCUGCCUCGGGACAGAACAAAAUUAGGGCAGAAGCAGCUGGCUCCUUCCUCCAAACCAAAGCCAUCUCCAAUAAGUGCUGUUUACAGUGAUCCUGCUAAGAAAAAGGGUGUAGUGAAGAGGAAACUCAGUGACGCUGAGAAAGUUCGUCAGAUGGUCAGAGAUGUGUUCAACUACGACCCGGGCAAGUAUGGCAAGGAUGUCGAUGAUGAUAGGGACAUGGAAGCAGGUUAUGCCAGCAUACAGAUGGAGGAGAGAAGAAGUGCAAAGAUUGCAAGAAAAGAGGAUGAAGAGGAAUAUCGCCGGAUUCAGGAAGAAGAGCAGCGCGAGCGGGCGAAGAAGAAGAAGAAGCAACGUACAGAAUCGUAGACAAUUCCAUGGCCAGAUUGUAUUACCCUAGUCAUAUAGUGUUCUUUUAUAGCUUGUAAGUUCCAGGACAUCAAGUUAAGGACCGUCAUAUCUCAUGAGUACAAGACGAGACUACAUUUUGACGGUUCAUAUUAGUUGCAACAUGCACUAGUAGAAAAAGGGUCAAAU